AUGUCUUCUUCUCUUGAACAGCUCAAGGCCACCGGUACCGUUGUCGUUUGCGACUCCGGUGACUUCGCCACUAUUGGCAAGUACAAGCCUCAGGAUGCCACCACCAACCCCUCCCUGAUCCUCGCUGCCUCCAAGAAGCCCGAAUACGCCAGUCUCAUCGACGCUGCCGUUGAGAAGGGCAAGAAGGAGGGCAAGACCGUUGACGAGCAGGUCGACGCCACCCUCGACCACCUCCUUGUCAACUUUGGCAAGGAGAUCCUUAAGAUCAUUCCCGGAAAGGUUUCCACCGAGGUGGAUGCUCGUUUUUCUUUCGACACCAAGGCCUCUGUUGACAAGGCCCUGCACAUCAUCAAGCUCUACGAGGAGAAUGGCAUCCCCAAGGAACGAAUCCUGAUCAAGAUCGCCUCCACUUGGGAGGGUAUCCAGGCCGCCCACAUCCUCCAGUCUCAGUACGGCAUUAACUGCAACCUGACCCUCAUGUUCUCCAUCGUUCAGGCUAUCGCUGCUGCUGAGGCCGGUGCCUACCUCAUCUCUCCCUUCGUCGGCCGUAUCCUGGAUUGGUACAAGGCUGCCCACAAGCGCGACUACACUGCCCAGGAGGACCCCGGUGUCAAGUCCGUCGAGGGCAUCUUCAACUACUACAAGAAGUACGGCUACAACACCAUCGUCAUGGGUGCCUCCUUCCGUAACACCGGUGAAAUCACCGAGCUUGCUGGCUGCGACUACCUGACCAUUUCUCCCGGUCUCCUCGAGGACCUGUUCAACUCCACCGCGGCCGUCCCCAAGAAGCUCGAUGCUUCCAACGCCGCCUCCCUGGAUAUCCCCAAGAAGAGCUACCUCAAGGAUGAGGCUCUCUUCCGCUUCGACUUUAACGAGGAGGCGAUGGCUGUGGAGAAGCUGCGUGAGGGUAUCUCCAAGUUCGCUGCUGAUGCGGUGACCCUGAAGGAUAUCCUCAAGCAGAAGAUCCAGGCGUAA